AUGGCAGAGAACCAUGGCACAACAUCCGGAGAAUCUACAGCUGUUGUCAAGUCUCUUAAUAUAUCAGAUGGCGCGAGCUCCGACCUGCGAUCUCCUCCGGCCGACCUACCUUUGAGGCAGGCCUUCCAUCCUGCCCCCCAGCCAACAUUUCGUGAUAUUACCGAAAAGUUUAUUAGGGCCUGUAGCGCUCUAGAUACUGGCCAGCUAGUCAAAGAUGAGUACUUCACGCUCUUCGAGUCCAUCGGGGCUCUUGAAAUCAUGGACCCUAAAAUGGACAGUGGUUUCCUCCAGCCGGGGGAGACCCUUGAAGACGCCUACGAUACUCUUGCUCCUCUCCUUCCAGAAGAAGUAAUCGGCAUCAUGGACCAACUCCUCUCUUACGAAAUGGCUUGGCAUAGAGGAUACCCACUAUCCCAAACGCUCUUCACCUCGGUGUAUAUUGACAAACUGCUUUGGCCUGAACCGAAGACUUUUGAGCAAGCGCAGUUCUACCGAGAUGGGCCGCCCGAUAAUAAGAGGCCGGGUGUGCUGCUAGAAGUACUGAGAGCAUACUGUCUUGCACUAAUCAAGUGCUGUGAUUUUGUCAAUGCAAAGGUCACGAGUAGGGAUUACUAUGAAGAAGAGGAUUUCUGUACACAUACGUAUAAUCGGGUGCUUUUUGUUGGCACGCCGGUGGAUGUAUUUUCGAGGGAGCUAGAUGCUGCGGUGGAGCGGAUGGAAGACACGGAUUUAGAAAUGAAUUUAGCGCUCCAAGAAGCUUUAAUAGCCCGCCUUAACUUUCGGAAGGAUUUCCUCGUAGCCUUAGACUUCCACAGCCCAAUCGAGCGCCUCGACAAAUCCUGGCCACCAAUCUUCUCAAACCUCAUCAGCCUCAACGCUACCCACCAGCUCGGAAAAUCUGUUCCAGGAGCUUUCAGUACAAAACUCCAACGUCGGCUCGCUAGCACCGUCCCUCCCCGUCCAAUCGUAGAACUCGAUUUCGCAGAUGCCUUCCAGACCCUCAAACAACUCUGUCUCGACUGCGAAGAAGCCACGCACUUCACAAGGCUGGAACCGGAUCCCCUCGAAUACCAAUCCUUCCUAUGGGCCUACGCAUCUCGAAACCCCACACCUCUUCCAUACUCUAGAUCCUACCUCGCAACUCUCCUCUUCCAUCCCACAACCCUAAACGCAACAACCUCGAUCCCUCUAGCCGACCUCCGCACACUCGUGCUUCCAGCAUCUCCCCUCCUCGACCCCACAAACUGGACUCUGUCACCCCCGCGAAAUUUAAUGCUUCCAAAACCCCCCCGUCUCCAACUUGCGCUGUAUAUUGACGAAUUCAUCGAACGCUCCGGACAACCCUAUCUCGAAUUCUGGACGGCCCUUGGCCAAAACCGCUGUCGCCUACGUCGCAUGCUCGGACACGUUAUUAUUAGUUGGGACCAGCUUCAAAACGACGCCGGGAUUGUGGACGAAGACAUCCACGCCACGCUGGAAGAAAUGGGAACCCAGGUUCAGGACCAAGUGUUAGCGUAUCCGCUAACAAGCUGGACAUAUGCUAAGAAACUAACGAUGCUUGAGAAAAUGAUCCUUUUGGGAUUCGAACAGGACAUUUACCUCCCGGACGAGUACGCUGGACAAUACUUCUUUUUAUCUACCGUCUCAUCGAGAAGACGAGACCUGUUAUCCAACAUCCUCGCGCACCUACAAUACCGACAUCGAUGCCUGCUCUCGUGCGUCGAACCAGACCUCCCCAAAGCAGCCGAGGUGGAGGAAAGUAUUGGAUAUUUGCAAACGCUUCACGCAGGAGCCACCGGUAUAUGGUCUCUUAGCACCGCACUUUUUCACUUCUAUACCCUGCUGAUGUAUCUCCGUCUCCUUCCUAUCCCGAACCGGCCAUUCAGCUCCGAAACUCUAAGGUAUGAACUUCGUAUGAAACCGUUUCUUACACUGCAGCCGCCGGAGGUUUUGCCGUUUGAGGAGUUUAGAGAAAGGGUAAGGCCGUUUGGUGACUAUGUAGCCCCGGAUGCGGGGUUUUGGAAAGAGGUUGCGGAUGGGGGGAGUGGGGGCAGGCUGUGGAAAGAGAUAGAUGCGUGUGUGAGGGAUGCCAAGGAGGCGUUUGCGAGUGUUAAGAAGGCGGGUGCGAAGAAGGCGAGAGCGGGGGGUGUGGAGCGGGAUUGGGGGAGGGAGGUGCAGGGUGUGCUGGCGAGUUGUGUGGCGCUUGGGGUGGGGGCUGCUGGGGUGAAAGGUGCAUUGAAAGAGGUAGGGGGUGGGAAAGCGGGCGGAAAGAGGAAAGCGGAAGGGGGAAUGAGGUUGGGGUUGGAGUUGGGGGUUAAGGUGGAGAUCCCGGGAAUUGGGACGGGAAAGAGGUAUGCAGAGGGGUGGGUUGUUGGGAAGGUUGUUAAGGGGUAG